AACGUUAGCUGGGAGGAUGACAUUCCAGCAAACACCGGCGAGCUCGCCACAGCGAAGCUCACGGUGUUGCUUGAACACUUCCAGGCAGUUUACAAGAUGCCAGUCAAGGACUUGAAGCGGACGAUCAACCAGACGCGCCACGUGCUGGAGGAGCUGGGAAUGACUGCUUUCUGCUAUGCCCUGCGGGAUUGCAUCGUUCCCCAGCUGGAGGCCCAUGCGGAGCUGCUGGACGCCACCAACGGAUCUGGCUAUCGCCAGGAG